AUGCUCCGCAACGGAGGAGGCGCAAUUGGUGGUGGUAAAGGUGCGUCCUCGGUGGUGGUGGUCGUCGCGUUCAUGCUGUUUUUAAAACUCGCUUAUACUACUCACUCAAGCGGUGGUGAAAUUCAAAACGAAGUAACGCAGAAAAGAGAGAAAAUUUUUGAAUUUUUUGCGCAAGAAAUAUCUCUCGUUCGUCGUGUCGUUGUCGUUGUUGUGGGUUGUUGUUGUUGUUGUUGUUGCGAGUGCGCGGUGCUCCUUUCUCUCGUCGGUUGUAGCGGAAGAGGAGAGGACUUGGACCGGAGAGCAGUGCGACACACGACGCGCGAAAGCACACGCGUAUAUAUAAAAAAAAGAGCUCGCUUCAUUUUUAGUCGUGUUGGGGAAAGAAAUCAUCAAAAGAUGACGCAUCAACAGCAACAACGAAUGUCCAGCCAAGCCGAGCGAGGAACGAUGAAGAAAAUCGUUUUUUACUGCCCAGAGAUGGAAAAGAUGGCGAGAGAAGUUCGAGCGAACGAUCCAGAUGCCGUGGAACUGGGCACGAUCAAAUGGCGAAGAUUUCCAGACGGGUACCCGAACAUAUUUAUCGAUAACGCGGACGAUAUCCGAGGCAGACACGUUGCUUUUUUAGCCUCUUUCCACGACGCGGCGACCAUAUUCGAACAGAUUUCGGUCGUGUAUUCGCUGCCGAAAAUGUUCGUGGCGAGUUUUACGCUGAUUUUACCGUUUUUCCCGACAGGGACGUUCGAGCGCGUGGAUAAAGAAGGGGAGGUGCCGACUGCGGUGACGUUGGCGCGGAUGUUGUCCAACAUUCCGAGUUCGAGAGGUGGACCAACCUCGACGAUUAUAUUCGACAUUCACGCGUUGCAAGAACGCUUUUACUUUGGCGACGGCGUGUCGCCGUUAUUCGAGUCCGGGAUCCCUUUGUUGCUCGAACAACUCGCAGAAUUGAAAAGAGGAGACGCCGGAAAGGAAGAAAUCGCCAUAGCGUACCCAGACGAGGGCGCCUGUAAACGUUUCCACGGCUUCUUCGAGGACGAGUUCACCGAAGUCGUCUGCACCAAAGUCCGCGAAGGCGACAAACGCAUCGUCACGCUCAAAGAAGGCAACCCACUCAACAAACACGUCGUCAUCGUCGACGACCUCGUCCAAUCCGGUGGUACCUUAAUCGAAUGCAUGCGAUUACUCAAAGCAAAAGGCGCGACCAAAGUCUCCGCGUACGUCACCCACGGCGUCUUCCCGAACUCCAGCUGGAAAAAAUUCACCGAACCUUCAGACGCGAGCGAACGCUUCGAACACUUCUUCAUCACCGACUCGUGUCCGUUGACCGUGGACGCCGUCAACGGCCAAUCGCCGUUCCGAGUGAUGAGUUUAGCUGGAAGUAUCGCCAGAGCUUUGAGAAUUUAA